AUGCCCGUGAUGCUGUCCCAAGCGGAGCGCCCCCCGGCCACGCGCGUGGGCGCGGCGGCCUGGCGCGAGGCGGCGCAGGCGGCCUCCCGCCGCGCGCACCAGCUGACCGAGCGCUGCGGGCGCGAGGCGGUGACCAUGUGGCAGCCCAAGGACAGCACGCUGGACCCCCACCUGGCCCCGCACCUGGGCCGCGCCGCCUACGUGCAGCCGUGGCGCUUCCGCGUGGAGAUGCUCCGGAGCGGCGGCACGGUGGAGAAGCCGCCGCCCGGCGAGGGCGUCACGCUCUGGCGCAGCAAGAUGAAGCCGCCCGCGUGGCACGCGCGCCUGCCGCUGCCCCUGCACCGCGACGCGCGCGCGCAGCGCACGGCCGAGCUGGUGUACGCGCACGCCCGCGGGGCGCGCCUCACGGCCGCGCGCCUCGGCCGCGCGCAGAGCCAGAUCAACGCGCAGCUCCGCCUGCUGCUGCGCCAGCGCCAGGCCACCGACCGCAGGCUGGCCCAGGUGCGCAAGGGCCUGCUGGUCAACCGGCAGAGCGUCAAACUGCGGGGCUACCGGCCCAAGUGUGAGAAGAUCCCAGACAAAGCUGACAGCAUGCUUACCUGGGAGAAAGAUGAACUGAAGGCCAUGAAGAGAAAAAUGGAGGAAGACAUGGAGAAAUCAGAGGCUUUGCUCAAGGCUCUCGCUGCCUGUAGAGACUCUCUGGGCUUCUACUGCCAGGAAAGACUCCAAGCCGUGGAACUCAUGAACCAACCGCUGGACAAGGUUCUGGAGCAGGCUGGCCGGCACUCGUGGGUGGACAUCUCGCGCCCCCCUACCCCGCGGACGCAGGGCCAGAAGACACCUCCUACGGACCCGAUAGGCAUCUAUACCCCAGAGUGCGCCGCCGUGCUCAGCGAAGCCAAGCAGUUGUUGAUGGAAUCCAAGGACACCCUGGCGGAAAUGGCCAAGAACGAGCUGGACAUCCGAGAGCAGCAGCAGCAAAUCAGCGACCGUGUGUGUUCCACGCUGUCGCAGAAGAUGCGGGAGACUUUGGAGCUGAAGGAAAGACUAAACAUGACGCUGGGACUGAUGAGAGGGACCAUUCACCAGUGCACGAAGUUCAACCAGGAGAUGUACGUCACGCGGGGCCUCAUCAAGGGCCCGCUCUUGGCAAGUCACCUGGAGGCUCGAGAGAAGCUGAACAGACCUCUGGUCCGCAUGUACCAAAAACACGUGGGCACCCAGCUCCCUGAAGCUGCGCUCCUUGCCCAGGACACCAAGAAGCUGCACAGUCACAACUGGCACAUGGAAAACAACCUGAAGGAGCUCCGCGCCAUGCGCGACGACCUCGCCUGGAGCCUGAAAUGCAAAAAGAUCGGGCACGACGUGGACCACGACGUGGUGCGCCUGCGCAGGCGCCAGCAGCACCCCCACGUGUGCUACGAGCAGGCGCGGGGUCUGGUCAGCGACUGGGACCCCCGCACACCCCCCCGCAGCCAGGCCUGCGCUGCCCCCAAGUGA